UACAGCUAUUGGACCAAAAUGGGCACAGAGACAAUGAACGUGCACUGAAAAAUGGUGAAAUAAGAACCACGCAAAUUCACUAUUCACUUCUCUCACACUGCAUUCACAAUGGCAAUGCCUUCACACCCUUCUCUCCUUUUCAUGUUCAUCACUCUCACUCUCACACAUUUCUCCACCGCCACCCAAUACCUCAAGCUACCCCUCCUCCCUCCGACCACCCUCCCCUCCGCCUCCAACCUCCUCGCCGCCGACCUCCGCCGUCUCACCUCCCCCAUCAACUCCGGCGCCGCCACAGGCUCCGGGCAGUACUUCGCUGAGCUCCGGCUGGGGUCCCCGCCCCAGCGGCUCCUCCUGGUGGCGGACACGGGCAGCGACCUCCUCUGGGUGAAGUGCUCGGCCUGCCGCAACUGCUCCGCCCACCCGCCGGGGUCCGCCUUCCUCCCCCGCCACUCCUCCAGCUUCUCCUCCCACCACUGCUACGACUCGCCGUGUCAACUCGUUCCCCACCCGCGUCGUUGCAACAACCGAACCAAAAUCCACACCCCGUGCCGCUACAAAUAUUCCUACGCGGACGCCUCCACCACAACGGGCUUCUUCUCCACCGAAACGACGACGUUCAACACUUCUUCCAAAAAACAAAGCACGCUCAAAAACCUCUCCUUCGGCUGCGCCUUUAAAAUAUCGGGCCCCAGCGUCACGGGCUCCACCUUCAACGGCGCGCAGGGCGUAAUGGGCCUGGGCCGCGGCCCAAUCUCCUUCACCUCCCAACUCGCCCGCGAAUUCGGGAACACCUUCUCUUACUGUCUGCUCGACUACACCCUAUCCCCGCCUCCCGUUAGUUACCUCACCAUCGGCAACGACGUCGUUUCACGGAACGUUCUCACCUACACGCCGUUGCUCACCAACCCUAUCUCUCCCUCCUUCUACUACGUCUCCGUCGAGAGCGUUUCCGUUGACGCCGUUAAGCUACCGAUUCCUCGCUCCGUCUGGGCGAUCGACGCCGACGGUAACGGCGGGGCCGUCGUCGACUCCGGCACCACGCUCACCUUCCUCGCCGAGCCCGCUUACCGCCACGUCCUCGCCGCGUUCCGCCGCCGCGUCAUGAUGUGUCUGGCGGUUCAGCCGGUUCGACCGGGUUCGGGGUUUUCUGUUAUUGGGAACUUGAUGCAGCAAGGGUACUUGUUUGCGUUUGAUUUGGACCGGUCGCGGAUCGGGUUCUCGCGUCACGGAUGUGCGGUUCGCUGAAACUGAAAAACUAAAAACCGAGAACCGAACCGGGUUUUUGGUUAUUAUUGGCACGUGUAUUUUUUGGGUUUGAGAUAAUGUGCGAGUUGGGAUGUAAAUAAGUGAAGGUGUUUGAUUUUCGAGGAUGUUGACACGAAUUCGUUCGCUCGCUCGCGUGAGUGUUGUACGAUAAUCAAGAACAUGAAUUGUUUGUACGUCAAGAAUCAAGUCAUUCACUUUCUCUCAAUUUAAUUAAUUUUCAACAUUAUUAUUGGAAAUCUAUUAAUUUUUGGAUUAC